AUGUAUAAGUAUAUGGACGAGCGGUUGUCGUGGUUUGAUGGGUCAGGGAUGGGCUUCUCUCUGGAGUACCCCACUAUCAGCCUUCACGCCAUCUCACGAGACCUCAGUGCCUACCCACAGGAACAUCUAUACGUCAUGGUCAAUGCAAAACUCAACGAUGAGAUGCAGGAGAAUGCCCAUGAUGAGGAGGAUGAGGAAGAUGAGUGUGAAGGGAUCACAGAGAUCCGCUUCGUCCCUAGCGACAAGGCAGCAUGUAAGUGUGAGGGGAGAGGGAUGUCUAGUUGUGCAGGGCUAAAUUUAAGUCAAUGCAUCUUUAUUAAGCAGGUCACAGAUAAUAACAUCUUCCACAUAUAAUGUAACCA